CUGUUGUCCCUAUUGGUUUGCGAAUAAUAACUGAUCGUAGAUCAGUGAGAAGGCUUCAACCCCCUCUACGAUGUUUUAAGCGCAUACGUGUACAAUGCAUCCAGGGACAGGUGGCCUCAUCCUGCACAUCACUCCAAUUGUUGUCGCGUAUCCAUGGUGACGAGACCUCCGAGUCGCUUUGCUCGUCUUCAAUUUUUCAUUUAAGUGGCUUUUUGAUUUUUUUCCUCGAGAAAGCGUUUAUUUAAUAGGUGUUAUUAUAGAUUUGAUAUAAAAUGUGGCGGCGUAAUUGGCAACUUCCAGUACUUUUUUUUCCAGACACAGACAGCUUUUUCCAAUCGCUGUAAGGUAGCAGGACUAUCGUUUGUGUUGCACUGACGUUGCAUUUUGGGGUUAUUGAACCUGCAACUCCGAAUUUGCCAAUCGGUUGCUGACUUUAUCAAAUUUUUUGAAGUUGCCAUCAGUGGUGUAGUGGGGAUUUUUUAAGUGGGUGUACGGGAUUCUGGGAUGUUCUACAUAUACAUACAGAACAUCAAUCAUAGGCUACAACACCAGUUGAACUAACGUUAAAUUUAAUGUUUUACUACUCCAAAAUAAUCACAGGCCAACGUUAUUAAGCAUAACUCGCAUUAGGGCUAAAACCGAAAUAAACAUUGAAAGUGGCGCCGGGAGAAGUGGGUGGACGGCGUACCCCCGCGUACCACGCCCACUACACCCCUGGUUACCAUAGCAACGCCGCUUUUACGCGUCUGUUUGCUUGCGGUCGACCGACGAAUGUUUUCUGUCUUGUUGGUGGGAAGAAUUUCAAACGACCGCCAAUAGGACCUUGGGAAAACAAGCGGUAGAGGACCAAAGAGAGACAAGUGUUCAAAAGAAAAAUAUGUCGGACAUAUUGUGCAAAUGGCUCAACGAGGAGCUUCGCCUGUCAAAGAUUGUCGAACCAAGGAACUUUGCGAAGGAUUUCUCCAGCGGGUACCUCAUUGGAGAAGUUUUACAAAAAUAUCAAAUGAUUAAUGAUGUCAGUGUCUUUAUGAAAACAGACACCUCCACCUCCAAACUGAACAAUUUCACACGCCUUGAGCCAACUCUCCAUCGGCUAGGCAUCUCCUUCGACUUGACCAGAGCUCAAGCAGUGAUGCAGGAGAAGCCUGGCGCCGCCACACAUCUUCUUUAUCAGCUCUACGUCUCACUAGAAAAGCAGGGAAAGAGGAAAUCCGAAAUCAUGCAACCUGAUGCCCUGCAUAAAAAAGGUCACAAAAUCUUCUCUGAUCGUCUAAAUCUUGUGGUGAAGAAACGCGAUGCAGAGUUGAAGUUGCAGAAAGUCAAUCAAGACGUAGAGAAGAGACGCCCUCAGUUUGACAAGUCAGCCCAGAAGAAGAGUCAACUCAAAGAUCAAGAUGAGAAGAGAACCACAAACAUGAGGAAGUUUUCUCGUCCAAAAUACAGUGAUGUCAUGUCAAGUCAAAACCAGUCCACUGACGUCCAGGUGCCAAAACCGCCCCCCUACACUUCGUUGGUCAACAUGAGGCGGCACAAGCAUCAGCAACGCAAAGAUCAGCAAGCAGAGAUUGUCCAAGCUGAAAUUGCAGAGUUUGAGAUGAAUAGGAAGAAGCUGACCACUUCGGGCUUGGCUUCCUCUUCAGGGGAUCUCGUUGUUCCACUUGGAGGUAGCACUCAGGCCAACGGAGGUGAAAAUGAGCUCAUGCUUCAGUCCAGCAGCGCGUAUAUUCAGGAGAUCCGCCGGAGGUUGCAGGAAAAUGUUGCCGCUUCUGAGCAGAGAGAAAAGAGACGAAUCAGAUGCCUGGUCGAGCAGCUCAAAGCCCAUGUGGCUCAAGAGGAGAGAUGGCGAGAAGAGCAGCUGGUAAGGUGUCUGACAGGCCAGACUCAGCAAGAGAAACGUUUGGCAGUGCAGCUACUCCAGAUGCGCAAGCAGAAAGAUGCAUUUCGUCAGAAUCGCCUGCUGAUAGAACAGCAAUUCCAGCAACAGAGAGAGAAGGAAUUCCGAGAAGCUCUAGAAAGGGAAGCGGCCUUGACCCGUCAAGCUCAGUUGGAGCGGGCAGAGGAGAUUGAACUGGAGCUGGAGUUCUGCAAGAAGAUGGCUGCCGAGUGCGCUCGGAACAGAUCCAAGAAGCACUUUGAGAACUGUAAGGAAAUUUUGGAGCAGAUUUUGGACUUGGCCACCAAGGUUGGAGAAUAUCGCGUGCUCACCAAAAAUCUGAUUCCAGCAAAGCUGAUGCGUGAAUGGAAGGAACUGUUGUUAAACGGUCUCCCUCUUUACGAGCAGCAGCGGCUCACAUCGCCUGAUCCAGUUGAGCUCCAGAAACAGGAGCUACUCAAUAGUCAAGAUUACGAAGAAUAUGUUAACAUGGUGGGAGAAUGGACAUGGACAGAGGAGUCCGGGGAGGCCAGUUCACCAGUUGUGCCGAGCCUCAACGUGAUUCUCAGACACGUGUUCUUGAGAAUGAGGAGCUUGAUCCCACCACAGAGCCCAUCAACAAUUCCUGGCUACAGGCUCAAGGCGUGUGUCCUGGGCAAGUUCUGCUCCGGCAAGACCACCUGCCUGAAGAAGAUUGCUCAAGAACUCAAAAUAUGUGUCCUAUCAGUGGACACACUAGUCGAGGAGGCGCUGAACGCUCACCAAAGUAGAGAGAGGGUCAGAGACGAAAAUGAAGAAACUGAGAAUGAAGUAGCCGCAAUUCUGAAUACUGAUCUGCACCGCAAAGAGGAAAGAGCGCGCAUAAACUUGUCGAUCCGUGCACUGCUGGGAAGUGCUGCUGCAGAAGAGCUGAGCAAAGGCAAAGUCAUCCCCGACGAGCUGUUGGUGGACAUUGUCGUGGAGGCUAUCAGCCAGGUUCCUUUCGAGUCAGGCUGGAUCCUGGAUGGCUUUCCGGUCAACAUAGAUCAGGCCCAUCUUCUGGAGACAGCCGUUGCCUCGCUCGACAUCGGGUACGAAGUAGUGGGCAGAAAGAUAGACCUCGCCAUUGAUCCGAAUCCUCCGCUGCCCCCGCCCCCGCCACCAGCACUGGACUUGGCUGUACUGAUGGAUAUUCCUGAUCAGUGUGUUGCCAAGCGGGCGGUCAAUUCCCCUGAUGGAGGCAAACACACUUCUGGUGCACAUGUCAACAAGCGAUUGUUUAUUGCGCAGAUUCCACACAGGAUCACAUCUUUUCAGGAUAACUGGAUUAAACUAGAGGAAUGGUUUGGAAACGCUGGCAGGAAAAGCAUUUUGACGCGUGUGAAUGCAGAUGUAACGAUGGAGGAGCUUUACAUGACCAUGAAAAGUAUCCUACAGAAGGCUAUAGUACAAAAACAGGAAGCUCCUAGGUUUCCUCAUGUUGAGGAAGUUGUGUUGGACACCCCUUCAGUGUCUUCCCCUUCUGCUGUGAGCUCUGCACAAACGCCGGCCCUCACAAAUGAAGAUUCCAAACAUGAAGGAUCCCAGUUGAGCCUCACUGAGGACAAAUCCAAUUCGGUCACCCCAUCAGAUCCAACAAGCAAGAUGUCAGUUGACUCAGUGGCCGAUGAGGACUUGCAAGAAGCCCCACCCACCUCUACCUCACCUAUCCCGGGUUCUUCCCGCUGGGUCUAUGUAGAUGAGCCACUUUCCUCAGAUAAAGCGGCGUAUCUGUGCCAACAGUGGGAGUCAAUAUGUGAUUCUUAUGUGAGCAGUGUAAAGGCUGUGAUGCAGGAGCUCCGCUUAGAACGUACAGUUAUUGACCAGCACUUGUAUGAUAUCAGAGAGGAGUUCAAGCAAUUCCUAGAGCGGCCGGACCUGAAGCAGGAGUUAGUCUCUCAGUGGCAGAAGGACUACAACAGCAUACCUGAUGAUCUGAGGAAAAACGAGGAGACCAAAGCAGAGUUAAAUCAUCGCCUGGAUGACUUGCGGGAGCAUUUGUGGGACAUUGUCGACACGCACAAGGAAGAUGAUGAGACACAACGGGCUGUGCUCAUACGUGAGAAAUGGUUGGAGGACCACACCACUAUCCUUGUCAACCAUCAUUUAAGACUCAUACAGGUGGAAAUGAGCCGUUUUCAGAACACACGCAAUAUUUUGCGGGACUACUAUCUUAAUGGGGGUCAACAGGAACACCUGGACUCUAUCCCCCUCCUUGACAUUGAAGAUAUAGGACCUGCAAAGAUACUUCGUGAGAUCUUGAUCGCCAAACACGACGAUGCCCUCACAGUCAUAAGUAAACUGGUGUCAACAGAACCGCAGCAGGUGGAGCUGAAAGCACAAGACGUCGAGAAAAUCCAAGAGAAGGAAAAAGCCCAGGAGAAGGAGAAAGAAAAGGAAAAGGAAAAAGAGAAGGAAAAGGAGAAAGAGAAGGAAAAGGAGAAAGAGAAUGCAAACAAAAAGAAUAAAGACAAAGAUAAAAAACUGAAAGGCAGUGAAUUAAUUUAGCAUCAUGGCUUGCAGCAGGUUAUCUACUUUAUUUUAUAGUGCAUAUUGUUUUCAUCUUGUGGUCAGGUUCCCCAUCCCCUCCUCCUGCACCCAGCCCACCACCAGCUGUGGAAACAGUGGAGAAGACCCCAGUGGGCGUUAAAAAUGUCAA